AUGGAAGACUGUACGCCGCGAUUAGAGAUUGGAGAUGUGUGAGUUUCCCUAAUAUGUUAGUAACAGCUCUAUUUUUCAUUUCAAAAACGGUGUAGAGUUUUCAUAGCAAGUAAAAUUACUGAAAUAAUGUUUAUCAAAGUGGAAGGGAAAGUUUUUCAUGUUAACCAUAUGUGUAUGGAAGGCUCGUUCUAUAAAAUUAUUAUCCAGAAACAAUUAUAACGGUAUAGAUAUGUAUAAGUUUUUUUUUAAACUGAGAAGAGCUAGAAAAGUUGAUCGACUUUGUGACCAAGCUGAGUCCUUUACAAUGUUCCAGUUGAAUAAUUUCAUCUUUACAGAAAUGAAGAAUUUUUAUGCAUGUUGUGUUAUGGUUUCUACAGUUUUCAAAUUAAAUUAUGUUUCAAAACACCUUUUUUUGCAGAGUCACCGAUUACAAGAUAACAGAAAAACUGGACGAGGGCGGCUUCGGCCAAGUCUUCAAAGUGAGAAAUCUCUUACGCCGUCCAUUUUUUUUUCUUUGCAGGUAGUCUCGUUAAAAGAGCCCCAGUUGGGAUCCUUGGCUAUGAAAAUAGAAUCAACUGAGCAGGAAGGCGGAUCGGCGAUCAAAUUGGAGGUGAAAAGGGCCGAAAUUUCAGAUUCCACUACUGUUUUCAGAACGAAGUGAUGUCCUUGCUGAACCAACUCAAGUCCUAUCAUUUCCCCAUCAAAUAUCACGCCGCACGCAAGAAAAAGUUCUGCUAUAUCAUCAUGGAGUUGUUGGGACACAACUUGAAAGUUUAUUUUCGAGAAAAAGUUCUGAAAAAAAGACGCAAUUUCAGAAUCUACGUUUGCAGUCGCCUGGCGUUUUUGCAAGUCCAUCUACCUAUAGUCGGAUUGGAGUUCAGUGUUUGUAUGCGUGAGUCCAUCACUAAACGACUGAAGGAGACAAAAUCGUAGAAAUUUUAGAAUAAAGCAGCUUCACGAGCUCGGAUUCAUUCAUCGCGACGUGAAGGUAACGGACUCGACAAGGAAAAUUCUUUUUUUUUUUAGCCAGGGAAUUUUGUGAUCGGCGCUCAGUCUUCUAAAGAUCCUCUUCGCUCUCAUGUUGUUUUCUUACUUGAUUUCGGAAUCGCACGUCCUUAUGCAGUAAAGGUUUCUUUAUAUCCAGAUUGACUUGGGUGAAAAAUGCUUUGAGGACGCUUCGGGUGUUUUGAGAAUCCGCAAGCCACGGCCGAACGCCGAGUUUCGGGGGACGAUGCGUUACUGCUCUCCCAAUGCUCAUGAGCACAAAGAUCUUGUGAGUAUAGAGGGUCUAAGAGAAAGAUUCUUUACGAUUAAAUGAGAUUCUCAAUCCCCAAUAUAGGGUCGAAUCGAUGACGUCUGGGGCAUGAUGUACAUGAUGCUGGAGAUGCUCAAGCCAUUACCCUGGACUUCGAUAAUUGAACCUAUUGAGGUUCGCUAACCUUUCGAAUGUUCGGUUUCUGGUUUAAAAAUAGCAAUUGCAGAUCCAAGCCAUCAAAACACACAUGCUUGAUCUUCAACUUGUCUCAGGAGGGGGUUAUUGUUUACUUUUUUUUUAAUGAAAUGAACUUGUAAUCAGUUCCAAGAAACGUUCUAAUUAUUUCAGCCGAGCAUUUUUUGCCGAUUUUUGAGCAUUUGAGAAAGUCGAACUAUUACUCACGUCCCAAUUACUCGUAACUUUUAUCUCAUCCAGAUGGAAACUUCGAAAGUUUUUUUUCAAAGGAUGAUUUACGAUGUGUUCGCCAACAUAUACCGGCUGCACAGCGUAAAAAUGGACGAUCCUUAUGACUGGGAGACGGCAAAUCUCGAGAGCUACAUCCGCUGGGUAGGUUCAAGUCGAUGCUCAGCGAAUCCUUGAACUUACAGAAGGCUGUUAAAGAAUCUUCUCCAAAAUAUCCUUGGGAAGAUCCGGCGACGUUCUUUUGCGUGAGUUUUAUCGUUUUCAGAGCUAACUCAAAAAAAGAAAAAAUCUGAGAAGGAGCUUAGUCGAAAACUUGCUUUCUACAGAGUGAUGCUUAUCCAGAGAGAACUUCGAAAGAUAAAAACGCACUGGAAAAGCAGGGCGAAAUGGUGAGUUUUUCUCUUAAUUUCAUCAUCUCUUCAGUUAAGCCUCUCCAAUUCUCGCUCAACGAUGAAAGAGACUCGAAAAGAUUCAAAGGCAAAAACACGAAAAGGGCAUCGAAACCUUCGGUCAACGCCGACUGCAAGACUCAAAAGACCGACGGAGUGAGUCUGAGUGGAGUUUUGAUCGGAAAAAUGUUGACUUUCUGAUCAUCCGUCCGAAAAUUUUCAGAGUUUUACAACUCCAUAUGAAUAAAAUUGAAUGAAGAUGGGAGUUCAAUAAAUCUACGUUUCGGCUAUAAAAAUUAGACGGACUAUCGUCACAAGUUUCCCUCUUACUCAAGAAAUAGCUCGCGCCCAGAAAAAUGCGAGACAGGCGUGAGAAAAAAAAGCGAGAUGUGUGCGAGCUCGUCAAUGUACCGCCAGCGUCUCGCGUUUAUCUCGGCAGUUAUUCUUAGUGUAUACAGGAGAAAUCAUCCAUAUAUCUAUCGGCGUGAAAAAUAUUAAAAUCUCAAAUCUGAACUCCUUCCGUGUUCAAAAUGAUUCCGCGAAAUGCAAAAUAGCCGUCAGAGAAAGAAAUAAGAUAAAUGAGUUUUGGAGAGUCAGAGAUAAUUUUGCAUUCCGUGGAAGUUUCUUUGAAUACAGCAUCAAAGUUGUAGCAGACAGAAGCUCCCGGUUCCAAGGAGAUAGAAGACUUUGGUGACAAGAAGUCUUCCUUCGUGCAAAAAUCAGAUAAGGUCACACCUUUUCAUGCUUUUUGGUCUGACAACUAAACUUCAGGUGAAGGAGAAAAAUAGCCGAGUGUCGAAGGAAAAUAAGCGCGCCGGAACUCCAAACAAGGCGGAGAUGAAGUCGAAGCGGAACGAGGUUCCUAACAAGGGCGAAAUCAAACCCAAAGCGUCCGCUACGGUCCGUCGUGUUUUUGAAAUUAAGAGAAAACGUUUUUGAUUUUGUUUCUAACUGCACCCUCUCUUUUUCAUCUUCAAAAGGUUUUUAUUGAAAAUCUUGACAAAAUUGAUAGAGAAAACACUAUUUAAAAUAACGAUUCACUCGACAUUACAAAAAAAGGGGAAAAUUUGAACAAUUUUUUCCGUUUUAAAAAACUUUCAAAUUUUCCAUAGUUGGCGUUUCCAGGUUGAACAUCCAUUCUUUCAGGUUCUUGCUCUUCCGCCUUCUCAGUUGCCAGCUAUGAAAUCUCAAAUUACCCAAUCGAAGAAAAAUUUCGCGACUCCCCCAAGCCUCGAAACAAACACAAAAAGUUUGUUUUAUGAAAAAAAAAAAAGUAAAUAAGCAUAUCAUAAUUAAAAUCUGAGGGGAAUGUCUGAAUUGACGUGAAAAUCCAACUUUUGAUGUGAAUCAUAUUUGCCAAAAAAAUGAAAAAAAAAAAUCGGGUUUGUUUGCGUUCUCUUUUCUAAACUUCAGAACGGUUUGUAGAAAAAAAGAGCACAUAAAAACAGACAUUUUUUAUAGAAUUAGAAAAUUGAAGCGAAUUCAGAAGGAAAAAAGCCAUCGGAUUGUCACAAAAGGACUUAUCGUGUGGUGCCAAAGAAAACUGACGCCUCUCUUCACGUUCCCCCGAAAUAAACAUUCAUCUAUUUUCGCUGAUUUGAAUUUACUGAAUCUAUAAAAGACUUCCGUAUAAAUCAACGCGGUCGUCGUGCUACGGCAGUUUAGAAAGGUUUCUCGGUUUUAAAAUAGAGACUCGUGUAAUUUUUUGAACUUGAUCUUGUUACCUCAAAAGAUGGGUUCUAGAGAUUUUGUAGAAAAGGGAAAAAGAAUUGCUGAAUUGACUGGGCCCGUAUUGAACGUUAGUCUUACUAGGAAACUACGCGAACUCGUAAUCGCGGAUCGAGUUCAAAGUUUGGUGGUUUAUAGACCCAAGUCAGAAAACUUGAAAACAAGAGAGAAUAUCUGCUGAACCCGAUAGAGAACUGAGAAAAAUUUUGUAGAAAAUGUGCAGAUUAGGUCGGAAAGUUUUCAGAAUACUGCUUUUUACCUUAUUUUAUAUUUUAAUCCAUUCGUCUUGAUCCGGCUAUAAUAAAAACUUAACAACUUUUUUCCAGCCAAAAGAAGGAAAAAGCAAAAAUUGAUAAUUUUCAAGCCUAAACUGUUUAUUUUCAAAAAGCUUUUUCUCAGAAGCCUAUGGGGUUUAGCAGAUAACCUCUCUUGUUUCCAAGUACUCUUACCCGGGUCUAUAAGCCACCAAAGUUUCAACUCGAAACGCGUACCCGAGUCCGAGUAGUUCCCUAGUUAGUACUGUUUUAAAAAUUUUUUUACUUUGGAGAGUUAUGAAAUGGAAUAAAAAGAACUCUCUUCAAAUGUGAGAAACUAAUUUCAUAAUUUUGUCCUCCGGUAAAGUUCAAAACGUGACAGAUUUUGCUGAUAAGAAAGUGGCUAUCGAAGUUAUUUCAAGGUCUGUCUGUCUGGUAGGUGGCGAGGGACAAAGGAGAUGUCGCUUCAGGAAAGUAUCCCAAUGACUCUAGUCGAAAUCGGCGAUGUGUAUGGCUUUCCGUAGAAAGUGCGAAGCAUAGCAACCUUUUCCAGAGUUCAUGAAUACAAAAUAACAGAAAAAUUGGACGAAGGUGGUUUCGGACAAGUUUUCAAGGUAAGGACACCUAAUCUAAGCAUCAAUUACCGUUAACAGGUCGUGUCUUUGAGAGAGCCUCAGCUGGGUUCAAUGGCAAUGAAAGUAGAGUCAAAUCAAAUUGAAGGGGGGUCCGCCAUUAAACUCGAGGUUUUCAAAGAAGUUCUUGAUAUUUGUUUUUCCAUUUGCGGCAGAACGAAGUGAUGACUCUGUUAAACGCUUUGAAUUCGUACCACUUUCCUGUGAAAUAUCACGCCGGAAGGAAGAAACAUUAUAGCUACAUCAUCAUGGAGCUUUUAGGGCACAAUCUGAAGGUUGUUUUCCUCUUUUGGAAAAGAACAGUAGAAUUUCUCUUAGAAUUUACGGUUGCAAUCACCAGAAGAAAUCUCCAGUCCGUCCACUUACAGUCGAAUUGGCGUCCAGUGUUUGUUCGCGUGAGUUUUUUGGGUCUCUUCGGACGAAAUGGGGUCACUUUCAGGAUAAAACAGCUUCACGAGAUCGGCUUCGUUCACCGCGAUAUCAAGGUUAGAAUGGAAAAUUAAAAUCCUAAUGAAAUUCUGAAGCCUGGAAACUUUGUGGUUGGCUGCUCUUCCCCAAAGGAUCCACUGCGCUCUCACGUCAUCUUUUUGCUUGAUUUUGGACUGUCCAGAACAUACGCCACCAAGGUUAUUUACUAAUACUGUAAUUGAAAAUUUCUGUCCUUUUUCGUGGAAGAAGAGAUAUAUUUUCCCAGAAGAUGGUUCUCGAUCGAAUCGAUUUCCUCUUUUCACGGCUGCCGUUACUUAUAUGAAAAAAACUAGCCUUGAAAGUCUUCACUGAAUUUCUAGGACACUCUUGGACUCUUUAAAAUUCGCUUGGCCCGACCGACUGUGGAAUUCCGGGGAACAAUGCGUUACUGUUCACCCAAUGCUCACGAACAAAAGGAACUCGUGAGUUUCAAUAGUGAACGGGAAAUGGAUCUUGUAUCAGUAUACAGUUUAUAUUUAAAAUUUAAUUUCUGGAAGUUUGACUAUAAAUGACUGGUUAAUAAUAAUUUAUUAACAGAUCAGCGUGAACCCUAACGAGUUCACUUGGAUCUAGAAUUUGUGAAGAUACAUUAUACAGUUAUACAUCAUUGAGUCGUGGAGGAAUAGACAAGAAGAUCUCGUGCAAUGGUAGAUUGACCAGUAAAUUUUUUAAAGACUUGGAGUGGUGGCUGAAUUGAAAUUUGGAAGUGAGUUUGUUCCAAGUAGGAAAUGUUUUAAAGAAAAAAUCAUUAGAAAACUGACCUUGAGAACGCAGUCGAAGUGGAUUUCGCCUUAAAUUGGACCUGAGGGCAAAAAGUUCAAAGUGGGGAAAAUGAUCGAUACCGAAGACAAUUUUAUGAAGGGUCAGAAUGUCAGAUAUAGCGGUUGAGCUUCUUCUCUAGCUUUUUCCAGUGGUUUGAUCUGAAAUUCAUGCUUCAUAGGGUCGGGUCGACGAUAUUUGGAGUCUAAUGUAUAUGAUGGUGGAAAUGCUCAAGCAUCUUCCUUGGGAAAAGGCGAUGGAGCCGUGUGUGGUUAGUAUAUCCUUCUGUUAGAAAUACACUGUGAACUAACAGGUGCAACAAAUGAAAACAAUGCCUGACAGUUGGCUUUUGGAAGGAGGAGGUACCGCUUUUUUUUGCGAUUCACCGUUUCAUUACUUUCUAGCCGAGCAUUUUUUGCCGAUAUUCAACCAUUUGCGGAGUUCCAAUUACUACUCACGCCCCAAUUAUUCGUGAGUUCGGACUGAUGAUAUAAUCGAAUCGUUCCAAAUAACCAUUUUAAGAAUGAUCUACGAUGUAUUUUCCAACAUCUACAGGGUGCACAACGUGAAUUUGGAAGACCCUUAUGACUGGGAGACGGCCAAUCUCGAGAGCUACAUCCGCUGGGUAGGUUCAAGUUGAUGCUCAGCGAAUCCUUGGACUUACAGAAAACGGCCAGAGCGUCCGCGGCAACGCGAUAUCCAUGGGAAGAGCCUGCAGAUUUUUUCCGAGUCAGUUAUUUUUGCUUCGAAGUCAUUUGUAAACAGCUCUUAUUCAAAUGACAGUUUGAUUCAAUCAUUUUUCCAUCAAAAAAGAAAAUUCACCUAUCGCGGUUUAUUGACUCAAAUUGCACGUUCAAAAAAUCAUUAUCAAAAAUAUCAAAGUUUCACAGCUCUCCUUUCAGAGCGACGCUUAUCCUUCGGAUUUAUCAACUGUUCUGGAAGGUUCAACCCCUAGCGUAAUCUUUUUUAUCAGAAAAAAAGGAACCGGGAAUUUUCAGAACGACCCCGACAGAGCUGAGAAAAUAAUAAAGGAGGAUCUGGUAACAUAAAUUUUUUUUUUUCGAUAGUUCGAAAACUUGAAUUUUGCACUUACUUUGAUGUACCAGCCCGGCAAAAGGAGAACCUUCGAUCAUGCCUCCGCGUGGGCGAAGGUUCAUCAGUUUAUGGCUUGAGCUGGUCCCGCGCAUCCCCUCUUUCUCUCUCCUGAACUCCUGCGUGCCUUUUAUUUCCCUGUUGUCAUGCAACUGACACACCCACACAGGAAGGUCCAAUACGGAAACGUAGAAAAUUGUAUCUGGAGGGAGUUCCUAGUCUCUAAAAGCGGGUGUUUGGAAUAUUAACUUUAAAAGUUUCCUGCGAAAAAAUUUUCAUGAAAAUUGUUAUUUCAGAAAUUGAGAAGUGCUGCGGUGAAUAAGGUCUCUUUAUUUCUGAAAGCUGUUGCGAGACUCAUUAAUUUCAGCCUCAACCCGAUGUACUCCCAAAAGAAGACAAACAGAAAGCUGGCAAAAAGGUGAGACCGCAGCGCGUCCGGUCCACGCGUCGCGGUUUAGGUUGA